CGGGGCCGGGGCCGAGGCGGGGGAGACAUGGGCAAGAAGCACAAGAAGCACAAGUCGGAUAAACACCUGUAUGAGGAUUAUGUCGAAAAGCCUUUGAAGCUGGUGCUGAAAGUGGGAGGAAAUGAAGUCACAGAACUCUCCACGGGCAGCUCGGGACAUGAUUCCAGCCUCUUUGACGACAGAUCCGACUAUGACAAACAUAAAGACAGGAAGAGGAAGAAGCGAAAGAAAGGAGAAAAGCAGGCUCCAGGAGAAGAAAAGGAGAAGAAGAGGCGAAGAGUAAAGGAGGAUAAAAGGAAGCGAGACCGGGACCGGCCCGAGGGCGAGGCAGAAAAAGAACUCCAGAGUCAGACUCCUCCCCUAAGACUGGAACUGCCCCCGGAGAAACCGCUAGCGAGUUCGUUAGCCAAGCAAGAAGAAGUGGAACAAACCCCUCUUCAGGAAGCUCUGAACCAACUGAUGAGGCAACUGCAGAGAAAAGACCCAAGUGCUUUCUUUUCAUUUCCUGUGACUGAUUUUAUUGCUCCUGGCUACUCCAUGAUCAUUAAACAUCCCAUGGAUUUUAGUACCAUGAAAGAGAAGAUCAAGAAUAAUGGUUACCAGUCCAUUGAAGAGCUGAAGGAUAACUUCAAACUAAUGUGUAGCAAUGCCAUGAUUUACAACAAACCAGAGACCAUUUAUUAUAAAGCUGCCAAGAAGCUGCUGCAGUCGGGAAUGAAAAUUCUGAGCCAGGAAAGAAUCCAGAGCCUGAAACAAAGUAUAGAUUUCAUGGCUGACUUGCAAAAGACCCGAAAGCAGAAAGAUAAACUGGAAACACAACAGAGUGGCGAGGACAACAGCUAUCUCCUGAAAGAUAAAGAUGAAUUAAUGGAAACCAAUGUCCAAGUCUUCAAAUGUCCGAAUAAGGAAAGCAAAAAGCGAGAUAAAGAUGGAUUUGAGGAUAAAUUCAAAAGCGGUCAUUUAGAAAGGGAGCGGGAGCAAAUUGACCGCAUCGUAAAAGAAUCAGGAGGAAAGUUGACCCGGAGACUAAUAAAUAGUCAGUGUGAAUUUGAAAGAAGAAAGCCAGAUGGAACCACAACACUAGGACUUCUAAACCCCGUUGACCCUAUUGCAGGAGAGCCAGGCUACUGUCCUGUUAAAUUGGGAAUGACAGCAGGACGUCUUCAAUCGGGAGUUAAUACACUGCAGGGGUUUAAAGAAGACAAGAGGAACAAAGUUACCCCAGUGCUCUACUUGAAUUACGGACCCUUCAGUUCUUACGCACCCGGCUACGAUUCCACAUUUGCAAACAUCAGCAAGGAUGAUUCCGACUUACUCUACUCAACUUAUGGGGAGGACUCUAAUCUUCCCGCUGGUUUUAGCAUUCAUGAGUUUCUGGCCACAUCCCAGGAUUACCCGUACAUCAUGGCCGAUAGCUUACUAGAUGCUUUGACCAAAGGAGGACAUUCUCGGACCCUGCGAGAGAUGGAAAGGCCAGCCACUGAAGACGAAGGCCAGAAUGGGACAGGAGAUGCAGCUAAAGACCUGGAGGUUCCCGAAACAGAUGCAGCCAGUCGCCCGGACUCCAGCAGCAAGGACAGACUUACGGCCCUGAAAGCAGUAACAAACUUUGGAGCCCAGAUUGAGGUGUUCGACUCCGCAGAAGCGGAAAUCUUCCAGAGGAAACUCGACGAAACCACCAAGUUGCUCCAAGAGCUCCAAGAGGCUCAGAACGAGCGGCUGAGCACCAGGCCUCCACCAAACAUGAUCUGCCUGCUGGGGCCCUCCUAUAGAGAGAUGCACCUGGCUGAACGGGUGACCAAUAAUCUAAAAGAGCUUGCACAACAAGUGACGCCCGGCGAUAUCGUCAGCAUGCACGGAAUCCGGAAAGCCAUGGGCAUCUCCAUUCCUUCCACGGGCACGGACACCAGCCUGGUGGAUUUGACAGAAGAUUUUGAAGAACCUGAGAAGAUUGACACCACCUUCAGCAGCGACUGUGUGGCUGAUGGAAUUAGAAGCUAAGCUUGGUCCCAGUGUAAACACGUGUAUAUAGUUUUUAUCCGGGUGUGUGGAAUGUGUAUAGUAUGUGACGUUUGGGACAGGUUAUUUCAGUGUUCCACAUUUUAAAUGAAUGAAGCAAUUUGUCAUUUUUUAAAAACUUAAAUAUACUUCUCUAGUUCAA